AUGCCGGAAAUAAAGAAGUACACAAUCACUGAGCCCUGGCUCGAUCUAUCGUGUGCCUUGGGCGAAGCGCCUUUCUUCAACGAAACCCGCAAUGAACUCAGAUUCGUCGAUAUCGAGAAGGAUGCUGUACACUAUGUGAACCUCGACACGUCUUCGCACAAAGAAUGGAGUCUCAUGUAUAACAUCGGCAUCACUGCAGAUAUUGAAGGCAACGAUGACGAGUUUCUCUUUGGAGGCAAACUUGGCUAUGGACUGUUCAAUCGAUCCACUGGCGAGCACCGCAUAAUCAAGAAUUUCUGGACGGAUGAAAAGGACCCCGAGACCAAGGAGCAUCGAUGCCGCUCGAAUGAUGGUUCAGUUGAUAGCAAAGGUCGCUUCUUCGUCGGAACUAUGAAUGACCAAGCCACUGUUCCUGAGUUCACAGACGAAGGCGUUCUCUUCCGGCUGGACCCCGAUCUGUCCCUUCACCGGAUGAAAGAGGGCGUCACGAUCCCAAACGGAAUGUCCUGGACGUCCGAUAACAAGACAAUGUACUUCACAGACUCGCCGUCCCAGAAGAUCAUGGCAUACCCCUACGAUGAAGCCACGGGAAAGAUUUCAUUCAACCAAGGCAAGGUCUUCUUCACCUGUCCAAUCGAAGGCGGAGUCCCCGAUGGACACUGCCAGGAUGAGCACGGUUUCCUGUGGGUCGCCUGCCAUGGGACUGCGAGAGUCUAUCGCUUGGAUCUUAAUGGCAACAUCGUAGCCGAGAUCGAGCUGCCGACUCGCUGCGUGACCUGUCCAGCCUUCUGUGGCACCGAGCUUGUCGUCACGUCUGCUGCCGAGCAAGAGCCGGAGAAGCAUCCCUGGAGUAAGAGGUAUGGCGGAGCAGUCUUCAAGAUCGAUGUGGGCGUCCGUGGAAAGCCGUUGAACAAGUUCAAGAUGAACGGCAAGGCCUAA